GAAGUUGCGAGGGAAUUCCUUUCGUUACAGAGUCAUAUCUUUAUGGUGAUUAUAUUACAUGCCUGUAGAAGAACUGCAGUAAGGAUAGGAUGGAGAAAAAAAUAAGAAAAAUCUACAUAUCAUCAUACCCAGGAACAAUAUAUUUUCUUCAGAUUUCCUGGAAGAAAGAUUUGGGAAAUGGAUUCGCAGUAGCACUCACUGAUGGUAAAUCUGCCUGGACUGGUGAGGUUUUUCCAGAAGAUGUUACCCAAGAAGCAAAAGACAUGGAGAUGGAGAGGUCAAACUAUGUUGACGAAUUAAGGAAAGCUUUGAUUAUGACGACUUUACCAGCAAAUAAAUAUAAUUUUGAUCUGUUAGAAGAUGAAGAAAAUCCUGAAAUCUAUCAUUUUACAUAUGAGAAGAAACUAAAGGAAGUUGCAUUUAAGCUUGGAUCAACUAAACUAAAAAAUGUCCAGAACCCGGCACAUGUCAUCAGAGAGUUGAUAAACUAUUGCCUGGACUGCACCUCUGAAUUAUAUAGCAGAAAUGAACACCUGCAGAAGGAAAAUGAAAGGCUUCAGUGUGACUGGAAUGACAUGCACGCGCAGCUGGAAAAGUUUGUGAAUGGCAAAGAAGAACUGGAGCGAGACCUUUAUACUCGAUUUACCUGUGUUCUUAAUGAGAAAAAAGCUAAAAUCAGAAGCCUGAAGGAAAAACUAUUAGAAUCACAAGAAAGACUCAAACAAAAAAGUGAAGAAACUGCUCCUGAUGAUACUCUUGUGGCCAAGGAAAUGAAGUAUGAUGCCUUUGCUGGCUCAACUGAUGAGGAGCAGGAAAGCCCUGCAGUUGCCUCUAAGACUGCUGCAGCAUCCCGGCGCAGAUCACUCGUCAGUUACAUUGAUGAUGCCCCUGAUGUUGCACCAAGUAGAAAACGAAGACAGAGGGGCCAAAAGACGUUCUACACAGAUGAAGUAGCUAAUACUUCUAAAGCAGCUAAAGAAGAAACACAGAGAUGUAAUCCAGUCCCAGCAAAGGCCGUUGGCACAACUCUCUCAACAGAAGGAACUUCUUCCCAGACAUUGAUAAACACUCCAGAUCCAGAUGAUCUCUUCAGUGACAUAUGAGGAAACCACUAACCCAACUCUGCUCACAACAUACAGAUCUUGAGCAAUUAUUUUUGUAAUAAAUGUCUAAUGUUUCUACGAGGGGAUCAGCUGCUCGGAGCAACGUCGCGUAUCCAAGGCCACGGGGUCAGUGUGGUUGCACUACAAGUUUUUGAAUCAUUUUUUAUCUAAACAAUAACGUGUGAAAAUUGAUGUUUAUUACAUGUAUAAAAUAGAUUUUUGCUACUUCAGAAUAAAACGAUAGUUGAAAAAUGA